UUUGAAAAAAGUGUCUAUAAUAAAUUUUGGAAAAUUAGUUUUUCGAAAUUCUUCUUUGGCCUUGCACAUCCUUACCAAAUUCAAAAUAAUAGCCUUUCCCGCAAUACUUUGACUUCUACCAUACAAAAACAUGUUUCCCUCGAAUAACUUUUUUGGCUCCAAUCCACAACACAUCGAUCAAAUGGAACUUUAUCCCCAUCGUCGUGCUACAAGAUUUUUUCUAACACCUCAACCCGCAGAAGAGAUUCAAAGUCGCCAGCCAGAACAUCCGCGGGAUAAGUUGAACAAAUCCGAAAGAGAGCGAAUAGUGCCAGCACGUACUACACCUAUGCGUAGACUGCGAAAUAGUUAUUUUUCAUAAGACUUAUAGGGAACUCAAAAAUAGUAUUAGUUCCAUUCUUAUGUUCAUAUUUGAUUGAAAAAUAGACUAAAUUUGUUUUAAUUGAAAAGAAACCCAUUUCAUUUUCUCUAAACAUUAUAACCUA